UUUUCCUUUUUUGUACAAUGGCGUUGCCACGCUUCAUUCGAUAACGUAGUGAUUACAUUCUCUUUGCAUUUGAUCUUACAAGUUUACUUUUAGUGUCGUACUAUUUAGUACCGCAAAAUGAUUCCUUCUACUUUUUUGAAGUCAGGUUACAAUGAAGCUACUACCUAGUCUAUUAUGUUUCUUAGUGAUACUCCACUGCUCCUAUGCUCCACCUGUGUCUCCAGACAAACCAAAGGAACAAGAUAGUGAGAUUAAAGAUGAUUUGGAGGAAUAUAUGGAGUACCAUAGGUACUUAAAGGAAGUUGUGCAGGCUUUGGAGAGCGACCCUGAUUUUAGGGAACGUUUGGAGAAGGCAGAUGAAGAAGAUGUUAGAUCUGGGAAAAUUGCAGAACAGCUGGACUUUGUAAACCACAAUGUAAGGACUAAACUUGAUGAGAUUAAGCGGCGUGAGUUGGAACGUUUACGUCAUCUAGCUACUAAGCAAUUUGAGAUAGACAACAAUUUGGAUACCACUGGCAAAGUUCCGACAAAUGAGCACUUGGAUCAUGCUAAUCCUAACACUUUCGAAAUUGAAGAUCUGAAGAAACUCAUUAAGAAGACUACAGCAGACCUGGAGGCUGCAGACAAGCAGAGGAAGGAACAGUUCAAGGAAUACGAAAUGCAAAAAGAAUUCGAGAAACAUCAAAAAAUGGAGAACAUGGAUGAACCACAGAAGAAGGAAUACAUGGACAAUCUUAAGAAGGAGGAGGAUGCAAAGAAACACCAUCAGCCGCAGCUUCGGCAUCCCGUGACGAGAGAACAAUUGUUAGAGAUUUGGAAAAACGCCGACAAAAUGGAUGCGAAAGAUUUCGACCCAAAGGUGUUUUUCAUGAUGCAUGAUGUGGACGGUAACGGUGUGUGGGACGCGGAUGAAGUGAAGGCCCUCUUUAUCAAAGAGUUGGACAAACUUUACGGUCCUGGUGGACCAAACAAGGACCUACACGAGCGAGCUGAAGAGAUGGAGCGCAUGCGCGAACACGUAUUUAAAGAAAACGAUAGGAACCGCGACGGAUUGAUCGAUUUCAACGAGUUCAUGUUGGAAACCCAGAAGUCUGAAUUCAACCAGGAUGAAGGCUGGAAAUCAAUUGACGAGAAUCAGAUUUACACCCAACAAGAGUACCAGGAAUUUGAAAGAAGGAGACUCGAAGAAUUGAGAUAUCUACAACAAAGAGGCUUGGUUGAUGCCCAUGGUCGUCCAAUCCCUGGAGCUGAACACCAGAUCCACCAGGCACAGAAACAAUUCCACCAGUUGUAUACUCAACAUCAACAACAGUACCUGCAAGGACAGUAUCCAGGACAACAGUUCCAUGGACAAGCACCACCUGGUUAUCCACAAGGGCAAAUGCCACCACAGUACCAACAAGCUCCUCAGGGCUAUCCUCAAGGACAAUUCCAACAGCAACCCGUGCAAGGUCAACAACCACCCCAACAAUUCCAAGGUCAGCAACCGCCUCAGGGACAUUAUCAAGGUCAACAACCACCUCAAGGACAAUACCAAGGUCAACAACCACCCCAACAAUUCCAAGGUCAACAACCGCCUCAGGGACAAUACCAAGGGCAACAACAGCCCCAGGGACAAUAUCAAGGGCAACAACCACCACAGGGUCAGUUCCAAGGCCAACAAGCGCCUCAAGGCCAGUAUCCCGGACAACCCCAACAAGGUCAGUUCCAAGGCCAACCACCGCAAGGACAGUACCAAGCUCCGCCGGCUCAGGCACAGCCCGGUCAGCAGCAGCAAGGUAAUAAUAACCAGGGGCAGGCACCGCCAGUUCAACAAGCACAGGCAGUGAAGACUGACCCUCAGACUCAAGGUCAAGUAUCACCCAAUCAAGGACAGCAAGGUCAACCAAUCAACCAAGCUCCAGCUCAACCCCAACAAGGUCAGCCCCCAGCUCAAGCGUCCCAGCAGGCGUCGUCAGUCCAUUAGUCAAGUCAAGUAUAAUAGUACAGGACGUUUUGACACCACUCACGGACUAUAGAUUUUAUUUUCUAUAUUUUAUAUUUUCCUAUUGUUUUCUGACUAUGUAUCUACUUUUCACUUGGUGCCAAAUUAAUCCACUCUUGUUCAAAAUUCAAAAAUAUCUUUAUUCAGUAGGUAACAUAGUUACACUUUGAAUCGUCAAUUUUUACAUAACGAACGUCUCAUCCGCCUAAAACUACUGCAGCUUCUCACAACCUGUAUAGCCGGGGAAAAGAAGCUGCAAGAAAAACCUCGGCACAGGGCCCUAGACGUUCUUUUUAAAAAAAAAAAAAAAUGUUAAUUUGUACAAUAUAUACUUUGACUAUUAAUUGUGUUCAAUUAUUGCGUAGAUAUUAUUUACGUAGUAUAUUCGAUGGAGAUUCUUUAAAUUAAAUUCCUUCAUAUCAGCAAA